AUGAGUCACGUGGAAGAAAGAACGAAAGAAAGGUCCUCCAAGGAGUGUGUGAUGCUUCCACAGGAGCUCCAAAUAAUCAAUGAGCCAAGGCCGUUAGUGUACCUGUAUGUGCCCCGCUAUCACACCAGGGCAGCCAUUUCGCCCUCCUCCUCGGACAGGGGGAGAUCCACGCAGCACGGAGGAGCCAAUGGGAGGGAGAGGAGGACCGAGUUCCGAGAUCUCCGGGAAUGUAACGUUAACCUCCCUGUCCCAUACUCCACGUCCUCCCCCAAUCUCAUAUGUCAAGGUCCUGAAGUCCAGACCGCCCCCCCUCAACUCAUCUUAAUGCUGAAGCUCAAAACAUUCAACGAGGAGAUGAAACGGGCUGCAGAGCUGGAGCUCCACGAUCCCGCAGUCUGCAGCGUGUGUGAGCGCCAACAGGCUUCUCUGGCCUUGAACAUUUUUAUCAGGAGGAAGAAGACACAACUGCAGUUCCAAACACUGAAGGGAAGACUAAACACCCACUGGAGCUAUGGAUUUCUGUUACAGGAGUGUGAACGUUGGGAGAGUUUGGGCAAACUCUCCCAAAGCCUUUUGAUGCCCACCACUGGAUUUGGGAGGAACAACUUGGUGGAUGUGUGCGGGUCACGGCAACCUAGGGUUGCCUUAGCAACAGCUAAGGAACGUGAAGUUACCCUAGCAACAGAUGAAAUGAGGGGUUACCCUGACAAAAACGCUACAGGAACUCAUUUAACGAGACCUCACUGUGCUUUUUCAGACAGAUAGCUGCAGACAUGAUGGGCACAGUAUUAAUACAACGAAAGGUAUACUAUUGUGUUGCUGUCAAACAUAUUCCUAUCUCUAUAUUUUGACACACAGGGUAAACCCACCCAUUUACCCAAUACAUAUUUAUCCAUAUGCUGAUGGUGGUUACCCGUCAGCACAGCUACAGCUGUAUGUAGUGGUGUAAACAUAAACACAGCUGGCUUUAUGAUCACAUCACUUAAUGUGCAAAAAAACAAAUGUCUAGCCUUUGUUUUUGAGUGUAAAAAGGGACAUGCUAAUAAUAAGGUUAGUAUAAAACAUCUAUUUAUUUACUUAUCACUGUAUUAAAGUUAAACACACGACACUAUUCAGAGCAGAUGACUCUGGCCUGUUUGUGGUCACUUGAACAAUGUAAACAUUAAAAGAAUGUAUUCUAUUUAACUUCAA